AUGCACGGCGCCCAAUACCCGCAACUUUCUCAACAACAUUUUUGUCCGCAAAUUCCAGAAUCAUCGAUGCUGCCGAAACUUAUCAGCUUCACCCACACGGUAAUGUAUUGCAACGCGAUGGUCGAUGUUUUGCAGGUGAAUCGUAAGAGCUAA